ACGGGGCACCUUGCGGAGACCUGGGUACCGCUCCAUGUCUUUGGGGUGGUGAGCUGCGUCCAAGGGCGUUGUGGGGAUUCAAGCAGGGAAGGAGCCAGCUCAUUCACAGCAGUAGAGAGUUAAAGCCCUGAUAAAAUAAAUAAAUAAAUAAUAAUAAAAAAUGCCUGCUCAAAAUAAAAAUGAUGGAGGAUGGAAGAAGUCUGUGUGGAAUUCCGAUACGAGGGAGUUUCUCGGACGCACCGGUGGUAGUUGGGCAAAAAUCCUGCUGUUCUAUGUCAUAUUUUAUGCCUUCCUGGCUGGAAUCUUCAUUGGCACCAUCCAGGCACUUCUUCUCACCCUGAGUAACUACAAACCCACCUGGCAGGACAGAGUUACUCCUCCAGGCCUUACCCACUCCCCUCAGUCAGAUAAAGCAGGGAUUUUCUUCACUGUGAAUGAUCCAACUACAUAUUUGAAAUCCAUAAAGUCCAUAAAAGAGUUCCUGCAGGCUUACGAUGUUGAAUCCCAGCGUGACCAACUGAAGUUUGAGGACUGUGGAGAGCAACCUGAGACUUAUAAGCACAGGGGAGAUCUGGAGAGUGAAAUAGGUAUUAGGAAGGCAUGUCGGUUCCCAAAGUCUAUUCUUGGACCUUGCUCAGGCAUUGAGGAUCAGAAUUUUGGCUUCACUGAGGGAAGACCCUGUCUGAUUGUCAAACUCAAUAGGAUUGUGAAUUUUAGACCAAAGCCCCCACAGUCCAACGAGAGUAUCCCAGAAGAGGUCAAGUCCAAAGUCCAACCUAAUUUGAUACCUCUCCACUGUACAACUAAGAAAAAAGAAGAAGAAGAUUUGCUUGGGCAAGUGGCAUACUAUGGCAUUGGAGGAGGCUUCCCUCUCCAGUAUUAUCCUUACUAUGGCAAGCUCCUGCACCCACACUACCUACAGCCUUUGGUGGCCAUUCAGUUUAUAAACAUAACCAUGAACCAAGAGAUACGUGUUGAGUGCAGAGUGUAUGGUGAGAACAUACUCUACAGUGACAAGGAUCGCUACCAGGGACGUUUUGAAGUUAAAAUGAAGGUAAACCUUUUUUGACCUCCAUUAUGAGCACAGCAUCAUAAAUCACUCCCGGUUUUAAGGCAAAGUAAGAAGCAUCUUUUGACUUGAGAUAUGCAGCUACCAGACACAACUUCCCCACUGAUCUUUCACAGUCUCACUGAGAGAAAGCAUUUAACAAUAAACAGAUAUCUCAAAAAGUGCCCUAAGAUACGUUAGCAGAGGCUUAAAAAGUUUAAAUAAUUAGUCCGUAUUGAACCAUAAUGUGGGACAUAAUGUCAUCUGCUUCAAUGAAAGAUAUUCUGCUUCUGUAUAGAAUUAGAAUGCAAAUGCUUGAAGGACUAGCCAUAGCAUAUUAGACUAUUCUAAUAACAGUCUAUUGUAAAACUAGACUAUUCUGAAAAUAAAAAUAAAAAGAUUAUCUAAGUGACGUUUAGUCUACUCUCAAUGUAAUCAAUAUGGUUUAUCACCCUAUUCCUGUAUUGCCACUUUGUGUGGCUUUCUUCCAUUAUAAAAGUGCAUGAUAUUUGCAUAAGUAGGUUGUUUCAAAUCAAGCCAAAUCUGGUCUAGCUUUGUUAACUGUGCAAUUACAAAUUUGUUCUUAUUCAUUGUCAACAUGUAAACACUGUACUGUUUGCAUUUGCUAUUUUAAAUGCACUUUACGCUUCUAUUUUCUUUGAAAUUACAGUUGAUGGGAAUAAUGAUUUUUAUUUUAGAUUAUUUUUUUUAUUUUGUCACCGAAUGUAUGUAAAUAUUGCUUUUAAAUGUAAUACUCUUUAAUCUGUGUUGGACAAACUGAGGAUUGUUUUUUUAAACAAGAAAAACAAGAUCUUAGGAAUGUGUGUGUGUGUGUAUAUAUGUGUAUAUAUAUAUAUAUAUAUAUAUAUAUAUAUAUAUAUAUAUAUAUAUAUAUAUAUAUAUAUGAGGAGAUGCAGUAAUUGCACAUUAUUAUUCUGUGUGUAAUAGUACCAAAACCAUUAUUAAGAUAAAUAUAGUAUAACCACUGCAGUGACCCAUCUGUAAAAUGUUUUGUAGAAGUGUGCAGUCAAUAUCUACCAUCAAACAUCUGUCACUCCCUUUAAUUCUUAUGCUGAAUUUUCCCAGAAGCACUGCAUAAAGAUACUUCUAGAUUGUAGAGAAAGUGUCAAUAUUUUCUCUGAAAGUUGAGAUGAUGUGCAUAUUGCUUUGUGGGGAAAAGAUAAUUCCCUGGAUGGAAUUAAUCAAGAUAUAAUAAAAGGAGAAACAAACAA